UAUGCGACUAGCCGUGGCUGACACGGAUAAAAUCGAGACGGAGUCCUUUCCCACAACAAGGAAGCCAUUUCCUCUCUACUCUAAGUUGUGCCCUCACGAUUUGUCCAUCUCCACGUCAUUGAUACCAAACGAACUGCUUCUCUCGCCGCCACUUCUGCAUGAGGAAAAGCGAGAGAACUCAUGUUCGAAGAACAGAUCUUACAAUUCAUGACCUACUUACUGUAUUAUCUAAUUCAGACAGCCAGGCGCGUGCAAUUAUGAGACUCGCGUCAACCACCACAGCCUUGAUAUUCCACGAAUAGCCAGAAUCCUCUCCAUCCGCACCAGAGGCUGAAGCACAUUUGCCGGAGGGUUGCUGUGAUGAGACUCGAUAACCUUCCGCGGAUUUUCCUCCUCCCAACACAUCUAAAACCUGAAGAACUGCACGACCUCGAAGAACGAAUCCCUACAUUGACGUAUGACAUCAGUGAGGCUGAGAUCGUGGUCGGAAAGAUAUCGCAGCAAAGACGCGCCGAGUUUGAGCUGAGAAGGGCAAAAUUUGAGUUUGCCUCUGUAGAGGAACCUCAAAAGGAGAGCCAUCAAGUUGAUUCUCCAGUUGUGGCGGAUGACCCGGGUGGUAGCCCAGAUCCUAAGCGGAGGAGAAUCAAAGAACAACCCGAAGUUGGGACAGACAUAGUCAAGGUUGUUAAACUUUCAUGGCUCCUAGACUCGUGGGAGAAGGAAGAACUCUUACCCGUGGACCACUACUUGAUCUUCCAGUGUAAUCGAGUCUUGCCUCGUGAGACAACACCUGCACCUGUAUUAUCGAAAGGCUCUACUUCACCAGCUAGUAGUAUUCUGGAGCGUGCCCUUCUUGAGCAGAAAGCGCAGUCAACAAGCACCUCGCCAUCUAAUCAGCACAAAAGGCGUCAUGAUGUCUCGACAACAAUAUCGCAAAAUGCACCCAGUCUCCUUCAUCAAACGACAUCGGAACACGACGUCACACUGCCCGUGAUGCCCGAGUUUCUGAGAACCACGUAUUCGUGCCAGCGACCGACAUAUAUGAACCCACCGAAUGAAGUGUUUGUGAACAUCCUCACUGAGAUAAGAACAAUUCGUCAACUUCGAGAGGAUGAGGUUGGCGUGAGAGCUUACUCCACAUCCAUUGCUUCGAUCGCUGCGUACCCUUACGCACUUAAGAAUGCCCAAGAAGUCGCGCGGUUGCCAGGUUGCGGUGAUAGAAUCGCCGAACUAUGGCAUCACUGGAAGGAGACAGGCGAAUCAGUGGAAGUACGCGAGGCCAACGCCGACCCUAAAAUCACAGUCCUCAAGCUCUUUUACAACAUAUGGGGAGUUGGGGCUGUCACCGCCCGCGACUUCUAUCGAAAGGGAUGGAGAGAUCUAGAUGAUCUGGUCGAGUUCGGAUGGAACACACUCAGUCGUUCGCAGCAACUUGGUGUCAAAUAUUACAACGAGUUCUUGCUGGGGAUCCCCCGAGACGAAGUUGCGACCAUUGCCGCUGCAAUACUGGAACACGCCCGCCUGAUUGACCCAGGAUUUGAGAUGGUCAUUGUGGGUGGUUAUCGGCGAGGCAAGCAACAAUCUGGCGAUGCUGAUGUUGUUUUGAGUCACCGAAAUGAGAACAAAACACUGAAUGUGAUAACCCAGAUUGUCGUGGCCCUCGAAAAGGCCCAACUCAUCACACAUACACUGACACUGUCGACUCACAACUCUGAUCGAGGACAGCGCCCGGUAUCAUGGAAAGGGGAAAAGUCCAACAGCUCAGGCUUUGACACACUCGAUAAGGCUUUGGUAGUUUGGCAGGACUCCAGCAAAAAAGAUGCACCGCAUCGACGGGUCGAUAUCAUUAUCAGUCCGUGGAAGACAGUGGGCUGCGCAGUACUAGGUUGGAGUGGCGGCACGACAUUCCAGAGAGAUGUUCGACGCUAUUGCAAGAAAGUCAAGGGAUACAAGUUCGACAGCAGUGGAAUACGACGCCGGGCCGAUGGCAGAUGGGUUGACCUUGAAGGAACCUCUGGAGGCGAUGAAGCCCCUGAUAUGGAAACAGCAGAACGGAGAGUCUUCGCAGGGUUGGGUCUUCAAUGGCGGUCACCUGAAGAGAGAUGCACUGGAUGAGUAUGAGCCAGUGUCAUUGAAGUCGAUCCACUGGCGUUUCUGGAAAAAGUCAGACAAUCGAUAUUGUCAUAUUGAUAGGUAGUCAUCAUUCAUUGUCCAGCAGUUGGCGGAUCAUAUGGAGUACAGUACCCUGCGGAGUUUUGGCUUGUACCUGCAUUGGUAGCUGCGGAGUUUGGUUUUUAGGCCCAUAUCAAUUACGCCAGCUUUCAACUUUCAACCUCACACCCAAUGAAUCGGAUGAUCCAAUUAUGCCGACGGCAUUGAAGUCCGAAAUCUGAUCACGGUACGAAAAUCAAGACUCGGGGAUUACUCGCGUCAUCAAAUACGUGCGUAUUUGAAUUCGGUUCGUCGGGCGGAGCGGAUCUCGCACGCAUAAGCGAUACUCCGAGGCUGAACAAGACUGGAUGACCUGUCUUAUGCAGACAGUAUUUACUGUACAGAAUUGACAUGUUUUCCCGCAACUAGGAUUAGAACCCUCCGAUUCUGCUUUGGCCAUGGCAUGGACUCACGAGACAACUAGAAGAGUCGGUGGAUUGUUC